GGUUAAGCUACUAUUUUGCAUAACUACAUGCGCACUAAAUAGGUGCUAGGUAGGUAUCCGUACGUGCACCUAGUAAAUUGAAAGGGGAAACCCAGUGUCGUCACAGCCAGACCCCUGCCCCACUGGACAGAAUUCGGUGCGGUGAGCAAAAGCCAGGCCCUUUUUCUCUGCACCCCCCCUCUCUCUCUCGACGAUGCACAUUGGCGAUCACAACUUCCAGGGCUAUUUCUGCAAUGUGAGCGCCACGGCCACCGAAUUCCCUUUCCAUCUUGCCCCGUGAGCCACUCCUUCGCUCGCUGUUCCCGAUCGAUGGCGCCGUCAAAGGCUUCGAGGGGCGGACAGGAGGACCCAAAGUCGGAAACAGCAGCUGCGGCCAAGGACAAGGUCGGACACUCGAAUACCCAUCAAUCCAAUGGCAAACUACGACGUGUCGCGAGCUCUACUGGCUCGAAUCUGCGAGAAGUAUCGAAUGCGGCAGCACCUGCAGCCCACACGGCGGGCGGAGUUGGCCAAGAGCAGAGCAACCUCAAGCUCCAAUGGCCCUUAUUCCAGAGAGAAAUGCUUCAUUCCUACCGUCGAACCUACCGCCUCAAUACCCCAACCGCCUUCUCUAGCGAACACCGCCAAUGGGUUCUGUCCCGCCCUGGCAGUGUCGGUCUGCAUUCGCCGACAAUGGCGAGGCGUAAGGAAUUUCAAAGACAGAGCAAAGACCAGCUCGCCAACACGGUGCGGAAGCACUUCAACGGACUCGGCGUCCAGGAAAACGACAUCAUCGUCGACUUCCUCCACAAGGCAUUCCAUGCGACAUCAAGGGCGCUCGCCCAGAAGGACCCUUACAAAGUGCUCGGCGUAGAUAAGAGCGCAUCGGCCGCCGAGAUCAAGAAAGCAUACUAUGGCCUGGCCAAGAAAUUCCACCCCGACACAAACAAGGACGCGACAUCCAAGGACAAAUUCUCCGAAGUCCAGAGCGCGUACGAGGUGCUCUCCGACCCCAAGAAGAAGGAGCAAUACGACCAGUUCGGUGCCGCUGGGUUUGACCCGAAUGCCGGCCCCUCUCCCGGCGGCGAUCCGUUUGGAGGCGGGCACCCUUUCGCCGGGUUUGGUGGUGGUCAAGGAGGUUUCGGUGGGCAGGGUGGAUUUGGAUCGAACUUCAACUUUGAGGACAUAUUCUCGGCGUUUACGGGCCAGCAGGCCCCGUUUGGCCGCCGGGGCGGAGCGCGGAAUCCGUUCCAGCAGGAAAUCUUGGUCGGCGACAACAUCGAGGUCCAGACCAGCAUAUCGUUCAUGGAGGCGGCGAAGGGGACCAGCAAGACCAUCACCAUCACGCCUCUUGUGACAUGCAAAACCUGUACCGGAAGCGGGCUCAAGGAAGGCACGAAACGGUCCAGCUGCAAGGCUUGCGGCGGGACCGGGACUCGGGUCCACUUCAUGCAGGGCGGUUUCCAGAUGGCGUCGACGUGCGGAACCUGUGGCGGUACCGGCCUCACGAUACCGAGGGGCUCCGAGUGCAGGAGUUGCCAGGGCGACGGCGUCGUCAGGGAGAGGAAGACGCUCACCAUCGACAUCCCUGGCGGGAUCGAGGAUGGCAUGAGGCUGAGGGUCGACGGGGAGGGCGACACUCCCGCCACAGGCAAGUCACCAGAGGCGAACGUGAGAGCCGCAAAGGGAGACCUUUACGUUUUCGUCAAGGUCGCUUCGGACCCCAAGUUCAGCCGCGCAGGCUCAGAUAUCCUCUACACAGCCUCGAUACCUCUGACGACGGCAAUGCUCGGCGGAGAGGUCACGAUUCCGACCUUGGACGGCCAGGUCAACGUGAGGGUCGCAACCGGCACCAGCACAGGGGAUAAAAUGACGCUGUCCGGCAAGGGAAUGAAGAAGCUCGGCGGCCGGAGAGGAGGGUCCGGGGACCUGAAAGUGGAGUUCCGGGUUGCGAUGCCCAAGUUUCUCUCCGCCAACCAGAGGACCAUCGCCGAGAUGCUCGCCGACGAAAUGGGCGAUAAAACGGCCAAGCGCGUCAUGAAUGUCAACAGACCUCGGUCUGAAGCCGCAACCUCUGAGGGGGAUGCGCACAAGAACGAAGGCUUCCUCAAGUCCAUGUGGCACAACCUGACGAACCAUCCGGCUCACCAAAAGGGGUCGGAUGAAGGACCCAAGGGCUCCGAGUCCAAACCAGACGACAAACCCGACACAGACAAGAAGGGCCCGGAAGAGUCCAAGAAGUCUGACGGGGGUUCCGACUCCAAGUAAAACGACGAUAGAUUGUAUGUACCAUAUGUGUCUCUCUUUGCAUUAUGGGUCGCUUCGGCACGCGAUAGGAGAUAGACCAGUUAGACGGCUGCAUGGGUGGGUGGUGUUUAAGGGGAUGUUGUUGUUUUCGCUGUUUCUAACCGGCGUCGGCGUCGGUUUGUGAUUGUGCAGUUACCUAGAGCAGAGACACUGCCGUCCUUAAUCUGUUGUACACUACCUAGGCAUUCUCCAAAAAUGUAGAUAGACAACAAAACCACUCUCAUGGAUAUAGU